AUGGUGACCUCAUCUGGGGUGUUUCUACCUGAAUCUAUGGUGACCUCAUCUGGGGUGUUUCUACCUGAAUCUAUGGUGACCUCAUCUGGGGUGGUUCUACCUGAAUCUAUAGUGACCUGGGGUGGUUCUACCUGAAUCUAUAGUGACAUGGGGUGGUUCUACCUGAAUCUAUAGUGACAUGGGGUGGUUCUACCUGAAUCUAUAGUGACAUCACCUGGGGUGGUUCUACCUGAAUCUAUAGUGACAUCACCUGGGGUGGUUCUACCUGAAUCUAUAGUGACCAGGGGUGGUUCUACCUGAAUCUAUAGUAACAUGGGGUGGUUCUACCUGAAUCUAUAGUGACAUCACCUGGACUGGUUCUACCUGAAUCUAUAGUGACCUCACCUGGACUGGUUCUACCUGAAUCUAUAGUGACCUCAUCUGGACUGGUUCUACCUGAAUCUAUAGUGACCUGGGGUGGUUCUACCUGAAUCUAUAGUGACCUGGGGUGGUUCUACCUGAAUCUAUAGUGACCUGGGGUGGUUCUACCUGAAUCUAUAGUGACCUGGGUUAGUUCUACCUGGAUCUAUAGUGACCUGGGGCGGUUCUACCUGAAUCUAUAGUGACCUGGGACGGUUCUACCUGAAUCUAUAGUGACCUGCGGUGGUUCUACCUGAAUCUAUAGUGACUUGGGGCGGUUCUACCUGAAUCUGUAGUGACCUGGGGAGGUUCUACCUGAAUCUAUAGUGACAUCACCUGGGGUGGUUCUACCUGAAUCUAUAGUGACCUGGGGUGGUUCUACCUGAAUCUAUAGUGACCUGGGGUGGUUCUACCUGAAUCUAUCGUGACCUCACCUGGGGUGGUUCUACCUGAAUCUAUAGUCACCUGGGGUGGUUCUACCUGAAUCUAUAGUGACCUCAUCUGGGGUGGUUCUACCUGAAUCUAUAGUGACAUGACCUGGGGUGGUUCUACCUGAAGCUAUAGUGACAUCACCUGGACUGGUUCUACCUGAAUCUAUAGUGACCUGUGGUGGUUCUCCCUGAAUCUAUAGUGACCUCACCUGUGGUGGUUCUACCUGAAUAUAUAGUGACCUCACCUGGGGUGGUUCUACCUGAAUCUAUAGUGACCUGGGGUGGUUCUACCUGAAUCUAUAGUGACCUCACCUGUGGUGGUUCUAUCUGAAUCUAUAGUGACCUCACCUGUGGUGGUUCUAUCUGAAUCUAUAGUGACCUCAGUGGUGGUUCUACCUGAAUCUAUAGUGACCUGGGGUGGUUCUACCUGAAUCUAUAGUGACCUGGGGUGGUUCUACCUGAAUCUAUAGUGACCUCACUUGGACUGGUUCUACCUGAAUCUAUAGUGACCUCACCUGGGAUGGUUCUACCUGAAUCUAUUGUGACCUGGGGCUUUUCUACCUGAAUCUAUAGUGACCUGGGGUGGUUCUACCUGAAUCUAUAGUGACCUGGGGCGGUUCUACCUGAAUCUAUAGUGACAUCACCUGGGGCGGUUCUACCUGAAUCUAUAGUGACAUCACCUGGGGUGGUUCUACCUGAAUCUAUAGUGACCUGGGGUGGUUCUACCUGAAUCUAUAGUGACCUCAUCUGGGGUUGUUCUACCUGAAUCUAUAGUGACUUGGGGUGGUUCUACCUGAAUCUAUAGUGACAUCACCUGGACUGGUUCUACCUGAAUUUAUAGUGACCUGUGGUGGUUCUCCCUGAAUCUAUAGUGACCUCACCUGUGGUGGUUCUACCUGAAUCUAUAGUGACCUCACCUGGGGUGGUUCUACCUGAAUCUAUAGUCACCUGGGGUGGUUCUACCUGAAUCUAUAGUGACAUCAUCUGGGGUGGUUCUACCUGAAUCUAUAGUGACCUCAUCUGGGGUGGUUCUACCUGAAUCUACAGUGACAUGACCUGGGGUGGUUCUACCUGAAUCUAUAGUGACCUGUGGUGGUUCUCCCUGAAUCUAUAGUGACCUCACCUGUGGUGGUUCUACCUGAAUCUAUAGUGACCUCACCUGGGGUGGUUCUACCUGAAUCUAUAGUGACCUCAUCUGGGGUGGUUCUACCUGAAUCUAUAGUGACCUGGGAUGGUUCUACCUGAAUCUAUAGUGACCUCACCUGGACUGGUUCUACCUGAAUUUAUAGUGACCUGUGGUGGUUCUCCCUGAAUCUAUAGUGACCUCACCUGUGGUGGUUCUACCUGAAUCUAUAGUGACCUCACCUGGGGUGGUUCUACCUGAAUCUAUAGUCACCUGGGGUGGUUCUACCUGAAUCUAUAGUGACAUCAUCUGGGGUGGUUCUACCUGAAUCUAUAGUGACCUCAUCUGGGGUGGUUCUACCUGAAUCUACAGUGACAUGACCUGGGGUGGUUCUACCUGAAUCUAUAGUGACCUGUGGUGGUUCUCCCUGAAUCUAUAGUGACCUCACCUGUGGUGGUUCUACCUGAAUCUAUAGUGACCUCACCUGGGGUGGUUCUACCUGAAUCUAUAGUGACCUCAUCUGGGGUGGUUCUACCUGAAUCUAUAGUGACCUGGGAUGGUUCUACCUGA